GUUUUUCUCUACUCAGGCCGCAGGUCUCGUGCCCAAACAGGCGCGAUGAACACCCCCCUCUCCCACAACCCGGGCCACGCCGACAGCCUCCUCACCCACCUCAACCUGCUCCGCAAGCGGCACCUCUUCACCGACGUGGUGCUGCGGGCGGGGAACCGCGCCUUCCACUGCCACCGGGCCGUCCUGGCCUCCUGCAGCCGCUACUUCGACGCCAUGUUCAGCGGGGGCUUGAAGGAGAGCAGGGACGCCGAGGUCAACUUCCACGACUCCCUCCACCCCGAGGUGCUGGAGCUGCUGCUGGACUACGCGUACUCGGCCCGCGUGCUGAUUAACGAGGAGAACGCGGAGUCCUUGCUGGAGGCUGGGGACAUGUUGCAGUUUCAGGACAUUCGGGACGCUUCAGCUGAUUUUUUGGAGAAGAAUCUCUACCCUGGGAACUGCUUGAACAUGCUGCUGCUGUCUGACGCCCACUGCUGCGAGCGGCUGCUGCUGCUGUCCUGGAGGAUGGCGUUGGCCAACUUCACCUCGCUCUGCAAGACCGAAGACUUCCUCCGACUGCCCAAAGACAAGCUGCUGGAGCUGGUGGAGAGCGAAGAGCUGGAGGUAGAGGACGAGACGCUGGUCUACGAAGCUGUUAUAGGCUGGGUCCGGGACGAUUUUCCCCGACGCCCCGAAGGUUUGCUGGUGACCAGCCACAAGCUGGGGGAGGAGAUCGUGGCCGACGCCGUACGAUGCAAAAUGAAGAUCCUGCAAAACGACGGCCUGGUGACGGGCUGCUGUGCCCGACCCCGCAAGGUCAGCCAGGCCCUGCUGCUGCUCGGUGGCCAGACCUUCAUGUGCGACAAGAUCUACAUGCUGGAUCAUAAAACCAGCGAGAUCAUUCCUCGUGCCGACAUCCCAAGCCCUCGUAAAGAGUGCAGCGCCUGCGCCAUCGGGUGCAGAGUGUACAUCACCGGCGGCAAAGGCUCCGAGAACGGCGCUUCCAAAGACGUCUGGGUUUAUGACACCCUCCACGACGAGUGGGCGAAAGCUGCUCCCAUGCUGGUGGCGCGGUUUGGCCACGGUUCUGCCGAGCUGGAGCACUGCCUGUAUGUGGUGGGGGGUCACACAGCAGUGAGCGGUGCCUUCCCGGCCUCCCCCUCCGUCUCUCUCAAGCAAGUCGAACACUACGACCCGCAGCUGGACAAAUGGUCCUUGGUGGCUCCUCUCCGAGAAGGCGUCAGCAACGCCGCCGUGGUGGGAGCCAAGAUGAAGCUGUUUGUUUUUGGUGGCACCAGCGCCAACCAGGAGAAGCUGCCCAAGGUGGGGGGGGACACGGAGUUCUCCGCCAGCUCCGCUUACCGCUUCCACAGUGACACCUACCAGUGGUCCAAAUUUGGGGACGUCACCGCUAAGCGCAUCAGCUGCCGCGCUGUCACGUCGGGGAACAGACUGUACGUGGUGGGGGGCUACUGCGGGGCUCAGCGCUGCAAGACGCUGGACUGUUACGACCCAUCGUCCGACACGUGGAGCAGCGUCACGACAGUGCCUUACUCCCUCAUCCCCACCGCCUUCGUCAGCACCUGGAAGUACCUCUCUGCCUGA